UUUGUGCCUUUUCUUCAGAAUUAAAUUCAUUAUGAGCCCGUUUCAGUAAAUGAAGUCUAUUUUAGUCACAUGCUCUGCUGAAAUGUUAAUCCUUCCUGCAGGUCAUAUGAAUGCGGGUGUAAGCACCUGCUCUCUCAACGCAGCACUUUAUGUUAAUGACCCGUUCGAGCACUCCCCACCCCCCGCUUGCUCUCAGUGCGCAACACCUUUACCUGAGCCAGAACAGGUUCCCUGAGACCCUUUCAGUCCCUCUGAGAGUCCAACAGUCUCUGCUGACAUGAUCUGGACCACUGCGCUCCUUGGCGGGCUGUGCGUCAUCCACCUUGCCAUCCCUCUCAGAGCCGACAGCAGCAGCCCCUGGGGGAGGACGGUGACUCUCCGCCGGGGCCAAAUGCUCCCACGCCCCCGGAGGGACACCGGCAGCUCCACGGACACCUUGGACACUUCUCGUGGUCCUACCUUCACCCCCUGCCGGCUCCCGCUCACCCCGACUGAGCACAAGAUUCUGGAUGACAACACACAGGAGACAGGGUUUAAUGGUGAUGAUGGCUCCUAUGUGAUCCUCACAUGGGUGGGUGAUGGGACAGGAGUGAUUCUGGUGCUGUCAACCAUCAGUAGUCCGCUUGAUUCUUACCUAACAGGAGGCUCCUCUCGACUUUACCGGAGCACUGAUUAUGGCAAGUCCUUCCACGACAUCUCCCACCGCAUCAACCACACUUUCAUCAAGGAGGAGUUUGGAGUCAGUGUCGGACCAGGACACUCAGUGAUCCUGACUGCAGACACAGCCGUGGUGGACAACCCAGGAGGGAUCAUCUUCACCUCUACGGACGCUGGCGCAACAUUCAAGUUCAUCCAGCUGCCUUUUCACCUGGCUCAGCCUAUUACCUACCACUUCUUCAACCCUGACUAUCUGGUGGCCCUCAGCAUAGAUGGCGGUCUUUGGCUCUCUCUGGACUUUGGUGCUAAAUGGACAAAGGUUCACGAUGGAGUGCAUUCUUUCUCAUGGGGAGCGGGAAAAAACUUGUUCUUCAGCUUCAGUCGGAUUGAUGCUGUUGAAGCAGAAGAGAGAGGGGAUUUAGUGCUGAAGAGGACGAAGGAUCUGGGGAAGACUUUCACCGUAAUUCAUGAGGACAUCUUCAGUUUUGGCUACAUAGGAGCUUUUCUUUUCUUCUCUGUGAUGGAAGACCCGAGGUCUCCCCGUGUCAUGUAUUUUUCAGCAGACCAAGGCGACACCUUCAGUCAGGCCCUUCUGCCGUCUGCAUCCACCGAGCAGUUUUACUCCAUCCUGGACGGCGAUGAGGACAUGCUCUUUAUGCAUGUGGACAACCCAGGAGACACCUUCUUUGGAACCAUGUACACAUCAGAUGACCGUGGAAUACUGUUCUCCAAGUCGCUGGAGCGACAUCUGUUUGCCGGACACAGGAAGAGCGAUUUCACCAACAUCACCUCUCUGAGAGGAGUUUACCUGACUAAUAAACUAGACGUUGAUGGCCGAAUAAGAUCUGUCAUUUCUUUCAACAGAGGAGGAACGUGGAGGCAACUGAAGAAACCAGAGAAUGUGAAUUGUGCAGACAAUGCCGGGCGUUGUAACCUUCAUAUUCACGGAGAACACAGUCGUAAUAACAACAUAGUUCCCAUGCUCGCUCUGUCUGAACCAACCGCCAUUGGUCUCGUCAUUGCUCAUGGCACUGUGGGCGAUUCUCUGUCGUCAUCGCAGCACCCAGAUGUGUUUGUUUCCUCAGAUGGGGGGUAUAACUGGAGAGGGACCCUCAGAGGGCCUCACCACUACAGCAUCCUGGACUCCGGGGGUCUCAUAGUGGCUGUGGAGGCCCACCAUGAAGGACAAGUCAAGACCAUUAAAUUCUCCACUGACGAGGGCCGGUGCUGGAAGUCGUACAACUUUACCGAGCAGCCCUUCUUCUUCGCAGGCCUGGCCUCUGAGCCAGGCACCAAGGCCAUGAAUGUCAGCGUGUGGGGGUUCAGGCCGGAGGAAGACGGCCAGCCAAUGUGGGUGGCCGUCACCAUCGACUUCCAGAGCCUCAUUACCAGGAAAUGUAAGAAGAAGGAUUAUGAAGAGUGGCUGGCUCAUUCCACAGACAAAGGGGACUCAGAGAGAAACGGCUGUGUCCUUGGUAUGAAGGAGACCUAUAGGAGGCUGAAGAAGCAGUCGGUGUGUAGAAACGGGCGAAACUUUGUGGUCACCAAGAAUCAAAGCCCCUGUCCAUGCACAAGAGAGGACUACUUAUGUGACUACGGUUACUAUCGCCAUGUGAACACCUCGGAGUGUGUGAGACAGCAAAACUCUCCAAUCAGAAACUUUGAGAUGUGUCUGGAUGGAGAGGAGGAUGAGCUCCUGACAGCAGGGUACCGAAAAGUCCCAAGUGACAAGUGUGAAGGUGGGUUCGCCCCACAGGAUGUGGUGCAGACAAUCAUCCGACCGUGUGGAGUUAAACCCACCCCUGACCCUUCUACCAAGUCCACAUCUACAGUUGCACACUUUGACACACCAAGAGAAAGGCUUGUCCUGAUCCUGGUGUCUACAGGAGCAGCGGCUAUCGUCCUGGUCGCCGUCGUCUCUGCAGUCCUUGCUGUCAGGAGAAGGGUUUAUGGGGCCGGGAUUCCCGCGUAUCGCUUCUCGAACCUACGCAUCGCGGAUGACAAUAACGGCAUCACAGCAGACCUGGAGAGUGCUGCCAGCAGCAACGGUAUAGCCUGCCAGCAUGACUCAGACAUGAAUCUUCUUGAAUGAAAAUGAAUGAAAUUCAAGAAAAAAGACAACAAUUGAAAUCGGUCGCACAGAAGACACUGCUCUAACUAAAAAUAAGGAAAAAAACAUGAAAAUAAUAACUGUUAAUUUAUUAAGUUCAUCUGUUUUGUGCCUUCUGUAUGUUUUUUUAUUUGCACAGUAUUUUCUAUCUUAUUUUAUUGACUGUUUUGCAAAUAGUUCAACAAUAUUGACUGCUCUUUAUGUCUUUUUUUGGUAUGUUUAAUGAUUUCAAAUAGUUUGCUUUCAUAAAAUGACCGACAAAAAAACAGUAAAGUAUGUGUUGAAUGUGCUGUUGCAAUUUGUUCCGUCUUUCUCAAAAUGAGUGAAGAAAAGGAAGUCAGUGGAGACAAAGAUUUUGUCUGACAGAUGUAUCACUCGCACAAGAUUACUGUGAAUGAAAACUUCAUUUUGAUUGGAAAUCUUCUCAGUCAAUGGAUAACACAUUUUGAAUAAAAAACAAAUUGCCUUCCUCAAACUGUUUUUUGAAAAGGUGAAUUCACUUCAAUAGGUGGUUCUAGAUGAAAACAGAUAUUGUUAUGAUUUUUGAUACAAAGUUACAACUUUCUUUUUGUGGUUAUUUUUAAGUCUAUGUUUUCAGUAAGUUAUAAGAAUAUCAAAAGGGCUCACACUUGUGUAGCUGCUGCUUAACCAACUUCAAUGUAAGAACUGGAGCUCCUAUUUAUUUUUCAUAGAAUUUUUGGACAUAUUUUACAUCUUUGUUGAAUCAGUUAAACAUGGUUGAAAAUAAGGUUUUAAUUUUCAAAAUCACUAAUAAUUAAGGUUUUCUGUGCUUGUUGAAUGGGGAGUUUUAUGUCUGGAUUAACUAUUUAUAACUAUGUUUUGUUAAAAUGCGCUUGUUUGUGGAUGUCUUGUGUCAGA